GGCCGGCUCCCGCCGCUCACGCCCACCUGUCGGCCGCGCAUGCGCAACGCACGCCUGGCGCGCCCGGCCUCCCCGCGCCCCGCGGCGCGCAGCCAGUGCGCAGGCGCGGCGGCCGAUGUGAGUGUGUAUGUGCGGGCGAGAAGAUGGCGGCGGCGGGGGAAGCAGCGUGAGGAGCCGGACGAGCGCCGAGGCUCAUUGAAACGGGCCGCCAUGGCCCUCCGCAGCCCGCAGUAUAUUUUUGGAGAUUUUAGCCCUGAUGAAUUCAAUCAGUUCUUUGUGACUCCUCGCGCUUCAGUUGAGCUUCCUCCAUACGGCGGGACAGUUCUGUGUGGCGCACAGGCUGCUGGUGACCUCCCCGACGGGCACGACUAUCAGAGAAUUGAAUUUGGUGUUAAUGAAGUAAUUGAACCCAGUGACACUUUGCCGAGAACUCCCAGCUACAGUAUUUCAAGCACAUUGAAUCCUCAGGCCCCUGAAUUUAUCCUUAGCUGCACAACUUCCAAAAAGCUCCCUGAUGACAUUGAUAAGGAAGUGAACUACAGCUCCGCCAACUGCCAGUACCCGGGCCCUGCCCUUGCCCUGGAUGGCGGCUCUCAUGCCGAGGCGGAAGCUUUAGAGAACGAUGGUGUUUCGGGUGGUCUUGGACAAAGGGAGCGUAAGAAGAAGAAAAAACGUCCCCCUGGAUAUUACAGUUACUUGAAAGACGGUGGCGAGGGUGAACCUUCGGCGGAAGCCCUGGUCAAUGGCCACGCCGGCCCAGCAGUCCCCAACAGUGUAGGUGCCGAGGACGCAGACUUGAUGGGGGAUGUGCCCAUGGCAGGAACCCCCCGGACUUGGGGCAGCCCUCAGGAUGCCACGGACUUUGUCAGCGACGCCGGGCCUGCUGGGGCUUUCCCCGGAGCCCUGGACAGCGGGGCCAGGACUGCAGGGCAGCCCGAGGUCUGCCCCGGGGCCAACUCAGAGGCCUCCUGCCUCCCUGCCGAGGCCGGCAGGGACACCCUGUUGAGGACAGCUGUGGCUCAGCCCUCCGUGGGGACUGAUACUACUGAGAACCUUGGAGUCACUAAUGGACAAAUACUUGAAUCCUUGGGUGAGGGCACAGCUGCCAAUGGGGUGGAGUUGCACACUGUGGAGAGCUCGGACUCGGACCCCGCCAAGGCCGAGAGCGCCCCACCUCCUGCGGAUGCCCCGGCCUCCGCAGCGGGCACUGUGCCUGCCAGUCAGCCUGCCAAGUCGUGGGCCAGUCUUUUUCAUGAUUCUAAGCCCUCUUCCUCUUCCUCACCUGUGGUUUCUGUGGAAACUAAGUAUUCCCCUCCCGCCACGUCUCCCCUGGUCUCUGAAAAGCAGGCGGAAGUCAAGGAAGGGCUGGUUCCAGUUUCAGAGGAUCCUGUAGCCAUAAAGAUUGCAGAGUUACUGGAGAAUGUCACCCUGAUUCAUAAACCGGUGUCAUUGCAACCCCGCGGGCUGAUCAACAAAGGAAACUGGUGCUACAUCAAUGCUACACUGCAAGCCUUGGUGGCUUGCCCGCCGAUGUAUCACCUGAUGAAGUUCAUUCCUCUGUAUUCAAAAGUGCAAAGGCCUUGUACGUCCACACCCAUGAUAGACAGCUUUGUUCGGCUAAUGAAUGAGUUUACUAAUAUGCCAGUACCUCCAAAACCCAGACAAGCUCUUGGGGAUAAAAUCGUGAGGGAUAUCCGCCCUGGAGCUGCCUUUGAACCCACAUAUAUUUAUAGACUCCUGACAGUGAUCAAGUCGAGCCUGUCUGAAAAGGGUCGACAAGAAGAUGCUGAAGAGUACUUAGGCUUCAUUCUAAAUGGACUCCACGAGGAAAUGCUGAACCUAAAGAAACUUCUCUCACCAAAUAAUGAAAAACUUACUAUUUCCAAUGGACCCAAAAGCCACUCAGUGAAUGAAGAUGAGCAGGAAGAACCAGGAGAAGGAAGUGAGGACGAAUGGGAGCAAGUGGGCCCCCGAAACAAGACCUCAGUCACUCGCCAAGCGGACUUUGUUCAGACCCCCAUCACGGGCAUUUUUGGUGGACACAUCAGGUCUGUGGUUUACCAGCAGAGUUCAAAAGAGUCCGCCACCCUGCAGCCGUUCUUCACCCUGCAGCUGGACAUCCAGUCCGACAAGAUACGCACCGUGCAGGACGCGCUGGAGAGCCUGGUGGCCAGAGAGUCUGUCCAGGGUUACACCACCAAAACCAAACAAGAGGUGGAGGUCAGCCGCAGAGUGACUCUGGAGAAGCUCCCCCCUGUGCUCGUGCUGCACCUCAAGCGGUUCGUGUACGAGAAGACCGGCGGCUGCCAGAAGCUCGUCAAAAGCAUCGAAUAUCCUGUGGACUUGGAAAUCAGUAAAGAACUGCUCUCUCCAGGGGUUAAAAAUAAGAACUUUAAAUGCCACAGAACCUAUAGGCUGUUUGCGGUGGUCUACCACCACGGCAGCAGCGCCACGGGCGGCCACUACACCACGGACGUCUUCCAGAUCGGGCUCAACGGCUGGCUGCGCAUCGACGACCAGACGGUCAAGGUGGUCAGCCAGCAGCAGGUGGUGAGGCCCGCCGCCGAGCGCACAGCCUACCUCCUGUACUACCGUCGUGUGGACCUGCUGUAGCCGCGCCCGCGCCGCCGCCCCGCUUCUCUUUAGUGGCUCUUUAGAGAGAAGCUCUUUCUCCCUGUCGCAAAAAUGGGCUAGAAUGAAAGGAGACGCCUUGGGGUUUGUGCACAACAUAGCUUCUGUUGACUUCUAACUUCCAAAUCAAAAUCAUCUGGUGAAAGAGACUGUCGCUUAAUUCAAGAAAAUACACGAGAAACACAUUUCUGAAAUAAUGCUGAUUCCUGAGUAAGAAGGGGAACUUGCGUUUGAUUCCCGGUCUAAUUGCAUAGUAGAGUAAGUCCUGCACCAGCAACAACACUUGUAAAUUUGUGAAAAUGAAUUUUAUCUUUCCUUAAAAAAGAUGAAUUUUUUAAUCCAUCACACUUUCGUCCCUCACCCUUUAGUUUUUGAUAAAUGAUAAAAACGAGCCAGUUACCAGAGAAGAAAUAGUUCUUCAAAAGAUAAACAAACACAAAAAAAGUUGCUGGUUCCUAACAGGAAAAAUGCAUUUUAAUGAUUGUGCGCUGAGAAGAUGCUUCCGUACACACUGCAGAUCAGAUAUUUGGAGUUACGACGCCCGUCACAUAGAAGGGCGAUUGUAACUUUAUUGCCAUCAAAAGAUUUCAAAACACACUCAUGCUCCUGUGUACACAUAAUGAAAAAGGAGCAAAAUGAUGAAGAUUGCUAUUUCCCUCCGUCUGCUGUCUAAUUCUGCUGUCUGCUCUUCUACGAUGCCGCGUCUCUAAUUGUACACAGUUAGUGAUAGCUAGGAGUAUACAGUUGUCGCCCAUCAAUAAAAAUCACAAAGUUGGUUUAAAA